UCAAGGAGAGCAUUAAGGGCAUUGAAGGGACUUGUGAAGCUUCAGGCAUUAGUAAGAGGUCAUAUUGUGAGGAAGCAAACUGCUGAUAUGCUACGGCGUAUGCAGGCCUUGAUAAGAGCUCAGUCGAGAGCUCGUGCUGGACGAUCUCAGGUUUCUGAAUCGCCUCAUUUUAGCGCCAAGUCUAUUCAAUUUUUUCAUCAUGGUCCUGCAACUCCUGAUAAGUUCGAGCAUAUUAUCCGUGCAAGGAGCAUGAAGAUUGAUCAAAUGUUUAUGCUCAAGAGGAACUCUUCAAACCAUAUGAGCUGCAGAAUAGACAAAAAACAAGGAUCUUUUGCAAGAACUGGCUCAAUUGAUGAUAUUGGCAAAAUCCUUGAAAUAGAUAGUGGAAAACCAUAUAUUACUUCCACACAAUAUAGGAAUCUCUUCUAUUCCUCUGAUCUUAGCUUGAAUUCAGAGCAAUUAAGUUAUAGCUUGGAUGAAACCUGUUUCUCCUCUGCUGAUAAUAGCCCACAACUUCACUCAGCAUCAUCGAAAUGUGCUCGUUCGAGGCGAGGACCAUUUACCCCAACUAAGAGUAGCGAUGGUACAAGAAGCUGCUCGAGUGAAUUCUCGAGUAAUCAUCCAAACUACAUGUCUUACACCGAGGCAGCUAAGGCAAAGACGCGGUCGAUAAGUGCACCAAAACUAAGACCUCAGUAUGAUAUGUCAAACUCAACAAAGAGGUACUCAAGAUCUAGCUUGCAAAAAGGUUCUAACCAUUAUACCAACUUCACUAGCAAAGGCGUGCAUCCGGGUUCUGGUCGAUUGGACAGACAUGGAAUGCCUGUAAGAGGAGAUUCGGAUGAGUUUAGCCGUGGUUUUUUGCACAUAUAUUAAGAUGAUUCAAGUUCAAGUUUGCAGUUUGAGUUUCAAAAUUGCUUAACAUGCUAACAUAUAUGUAUCUAAGUCCAAAUAUUUAAUGUCCUGAACCUGCAUUUUCCUUUGUAUUAGAAAUAUGUUUACUGAACUGAUGUGAAUCACUUUGUGCCUGGUUUUGAUUCAACUAUAAAGGAUGUAGUCUCUCAUUU